AUGAUGCUGAGCCCUGACCAGACUGAAACCGACCUUCCAUGGAGCAAGACCGACGCAGAGACAAUGCUUAACGAUUUCAAAGUUGCGUGUAUGUCAGACGAGCCUAAAGACGCGGAUGGUAAGACCAGGUCAUUGACCCCUCAGCCCCUCAGCAGAGAGGAGAAGAGAAGGCGCCGACGAGCAACAGCUAAGUACCGGUCGGCCCACGCCACCCGGGAGAGGAUCCGGGUUGAAGCAUUCAACGUCGCCUUUGCCGAACUUAGAAAGCUACUUCCCACACUGCCGCCCGACAAGAAACUCUCCAAGAUCGAAAUCCUGAGACUUGCCAUAUGUUAUAUUUCAUAUUUAAACCAUGUUUUGGAUGUUUAG